UAAAACAUAAAAACACAAGAUUCAGGGCAAAAAAUUAUGCAGAUAAAAUUGUUGUUGCGCAUGGUGGUGAUGAUGGUCAUAUUGCCAUCUUCUACCGUUACAGCAAGUUCAAAUAUUUCUUUAGAAAACUGCCAACAAAAAUGUGGAAACGUUAUCGUUCCUUUCCCUUUUGGAUUUGGCCGUCCUGAAUGCGCCAAAAACUCAGCCUUCCUGCUUGAAUGCAACCAGAGCAGCAGCCUCUUGUAUGGCGACACUCCAAUUAACAACAUAUCAUUGGAAAACGGUACCAUCACCGGACUCAUUGACUCUGCCUACCAGUGCAACGACGGUUCCCGGAACGGUCGUUCGCCGACAAAGAUAUCGCGGAGCGUCAUAUCCAAACGAUGGUCUUUCAUCAUAUCCCCCACCCACAACAAGCUUGUUGGCUUGGGCUGCGACACGUUGGCCAUGAUGACCGACAGAGAAGGAAGGGUCAAAAGUGCGUGCAUCACCUUCUGCAUUGACAGUGCCGAUCUCAGGAACUACGGUUCUUGCUCCGGUUUCGGAUGCUGCCAGACCCCCAUCCCCAAGGACCUCAACCAAUUGAACAUUACGGUUAUUAGUAGAUAUGUGGACGCAUAUGGUUCGGAUUUCAGCCCCUGCAGUUAUGCUUUUGUGGUUGCAAAUUCCUUUGAUAUAUCGACAAUAAACCUCCUUGGUUAUCGGGAAACUGCUCCAAUGUGGCCUGUGGUGUUUGAAUGGGUGAUUGGAGAUCACCAAGGCUGCCAACAUUAUUGCGGCCUUUAUGCUGAAUGCUCUUACUCCCACACUGGCGGUGGAUUUCGUUGUUCGUGCAAGCAAGGGUUCAUCGGAAAUCCCUAUCUCCCCCAAGGCUGUCAAGGCACAUAUUUACAACUAACAGCGCAGUACAUAUUUUUCUGAAUAGAGUUUCAUCCAUCCAUAUGCAAUGUUCAAUUUUUUUUUUUUUUUUUUAAAUUUGGGGAUGAUGGAAUGUUCUGAUUAAUUUAAUACUCCACUAGAUAUUGAUGAGUGCAAAGAACCAGACAAGUAUCCCUGCAAUGGAACUUGCCGGAAUACCAUCGGAUCCUACACUUGCAAAAACAAAACAACCUUGCCUAUCAUUUUGGGUAAGCCCCUUAUUCUACCGACUUCUAUUUAUUUUUAUUUCAUUUCAUUUUGAUUUUUCUUUGCAAUGGCAACUAUGUUAACCAAACAUUGACACCAAUGUGAAAUAGGACUUUAUAAAGUUCUGAUUUAUAU